AUGUCUGAAAAACACGAUACGUCGGUGGUGGUGAUGGUUAUAAUGAUAUGUUCGGGAUUAUCAUUUACCGCUGUAGUGCUUCGAUUUGUAUCGAGAGGACUCAUUUUGAAGAGGGUUAACGCCGAUGACUGGUUGAUUGUGCUUUCCUGGAUACUUUCUUUCGGUGUUUCUUUUUCCAUAUAUUUAGGCACUACAUAUGGCCUAGGACACGACACUCUCUCUAAGGAGAACCAAGUACUGGAACGGAAGACACAAUUUGUAUACACUUUGCUUUAUCACCCUGCAUUGAUGGCAACAAAAACCUCGAUAUUGCUAUUCUAUCUCAGCAUAUCCCAAAAUUUCAGGCUGGUCCAGUGGGGGAACUGGGCAACAUUAAUUGUUGUUAACAUCGGAGGUCUUGUUAUGACAUUUCUUGUUGCUUUCCAAUGCAAUCCGCUAUCCGCCACUUUCUUAACAGAUAUGCCUGGGACGGCCAGAUGUAUUGAGACAUAUGCACUUAUCUAUGCAUCGGCACCUCUCAAUAAGCAGAAGAUUAUUUUGAUUGCCGUGUUUGCUGGAGGUGGUUUGACCUUGAUUGUUGGUAUCAUUAGGAUAUAUUUUUUUGAGAGGGCACUAGCGAAUGAGCACAUUCACUCUGAACUAGUAAAAGACACUCAUGUAAAUUCUUGGAAUGGUGCGCUAUCUUUCAUGUGGAGUAGCGUCGAAAUUAACGCCGGUAUCAUGUGUGCUUCGGUACCAAUGAUCAAGCCUCUCAUCGCCAAAUUAUUUCCCAGUUGCAUCGGUGUCUCUGGAUCAUCCGGAUCAGCUUCUUUUGGUGACACGAUUGACUCAACUUUGCACUCCACCGAGUUCAUAACCUUUGAGCCACCAAAGUCCGCAAUUGCUCUCACAUUUAGGGAGUCCUUGAGACCCCUUUCCUUAGUCACUGUGCUAUUCUUCUUAUGGGGAUUUGCGUAUGGAUUUGUCAAUACAAUAAAUCAACGAUUCGAGGAUUUGUUGAAUAUAUCAGUAUCAGAGUCACUCGGACUCCAUUCAGCAUACUUCAGUGGAUACUUUGCCGCUCCGCUUUUAUUGUCAGGGUCCCUUUUGAAACUAUAUGGGUUUAGGGUCACCUUCAUUGUCGGACUUUGUAUCAAUGGUGCUGGGUGCUUGAUCUUCUGGCCAUCUGCGGUAUUGAAAAGUUAUGCCGGAUUCUGUGUUUCCAUGGUGGUCUUGGGGCUUGGCCUCGCAACAAUCGAACUUGCAGCAAAUCCAUUUAUAGUCUUGUGCGGCCCCCAGAAAUAUUGCGAAUCUCGCCUCUGUAUUUCACAAGCCUUUCAAGCUGUUGGAGCUUUAGUAGGGCCUAUUGUGGCAAGUCAGGUCCUACCUGAAUUACUAGAAGGCGAAACCUCACUUGGAGGUGUGCAGUGGGUAUACCUGGGAAUUGCAUUUUUCGUUUUCCUGUUAGCAAUUGCGUUCUAUUAUUCAAAAAUUCCAGAGGUGAAGGAUACAGAUUUCCCCACAGGUCCUGAGCGGCAUGGUUUCACUUCACUAUGGAAGGGUGAAUAUGCUGUGGGAUUUAUAUGGAGUCUUGUAGCUCAGUUCCUAUACACUGGCGCUCAAGAAAUCUUUUCUAGGUUUUCGGGUACAUAUCUUGGCUUUGCAAUGCUCGCCUUACGACCACGUUAUAUAUUGCUUGCUGCUGUGACAGGCUGCACCGUUACCACGGCAUUUGCUCUUAUCACACAAAGCAUGAGGAUCGGAACUGUGAUGAUUCAGCUGAUUUGGUUUUUGGAAUCACCCAUUUUCCCGAUUGUUCUUGCUACAGCCAUCCGUGGCCGUGGGAAGCUCACCAAAGAUGGCGCAAAGUAUCAAAUUUCUUCCGCUGUUGGAGCCAUGGUUUUCCCGCCUCUAUACUACGCGGAGCAAAUAAAGCAACAGGAAAGGCUGAAUACGAACCCUGCUUUGAAAUCAGCCAAGAUUGCAAAUCACAGAGCUCCCAUGUCACAUCGGUUUCUCCAUUCAUCAAAUUCUUCAAGAGGAAAUUUACUUGCGAUGUUUGUCCAAAUACCCGUCCUUUCAACACUUCUUCUGGCAUUAUCUGCCUAUGCCAGCCCAUUGAACCCAGAGGAAGGAGCUGUGUUCUCCCGAGACUCAGCAGCAUUAUCAGGGGGCAAGUUUAAGAACUUGGUUGUCUUUGGUGACAGCUACACGGACGAAGGCCGAUUAGGUUACUUCUUCAGUCACAAUGGAUCAGCACCACCUGUAGGAUAUGUUCAGCAGGAGAGUUCAUCCACUGCUUCUGGCGGCCGAAGCUGGGCUCGCUUCGUUGCACAAUACACAGGUGUAACUCUCUACAACUAUGCCGUUUCUGGCGCCGUCUGUUCAAACUCGCUCACCCCGCGUUAUCUGAGUUCUAUCAACGGUCUGUUCCCAGAUAUCCUUGGCUACGAGGUGCCAGCAUUCUUCGCAGACUUCCCAAAAGAAUCUCGGAAGCUUUCAAAUGAUGAAACACUCUAUGCCAUCUGGAUCGGAACCAAUGACCUCGGCGGCGAUAACAUCAUCACCGGCCUACCGAAUGUAGGACUAACCAACUACACGAGCUGUGUCUUUGAAACAAUGUCCAAGCUCUAUAACUAUGGAGCAAGGAACUUUGUUUUGCUAAGUUUGGCACCAAUUGAGCAUGCACCACUUUAUGCGCCUUUGAGCGAAGGUGGUAGUGAGGGGCCCCAUAGAUUCUGGAGAGGGAGAAGUGGGAAUGCGACUGUCAUUAGCACUAGGAUGAGAGAUUUGGUGCAAGGUGGAAACGAAAUAUUCAAAUACAGAGUUCCAGCGGAAAUUCACGACGGAGCCCUGAAAGGUGCUAAAGUAGCCAUGAUGGAUACUUAUGGACUGUUGACUGACAUCCGCAUUAACCCUGCAAACUACUUGAAUGGAUCUCUCCCGUUGAACGUAACCGGUUUCAACCUUCAUUGCGUUCUUGAUGGACCAUGCACCACAUAUCGUCCCAAUGACCGUGAUUCCUUCCUCUGGUACGACGAAUUGCAUCCAUCAGAACAAGUUGGUCGCAUCGUUGCAAGGGAAUUUUCGAAAUUCGUUCAAAAGAAGUUCACAGAGUGGAUGACAGUUUGGUAA